AUGCAGAAUAACCUGGCCAGCAAGAAGAGGGAGCACCUGAAUAUUCGGAAAGGUCGAAAACUUCCGGAGCUUUCAGAAAGUUCAGAAUUAGAGGAUUUAAACGUGCAGUCAACUACGGUAGCGAUCAACGGGUCCCAUACUUCGGUUACUGAGACCAGUGCAACUAAGAUGCCCCAAACGCCUGGGGUAGAUGAGAACCCUGAUGCAGCACCUAAGCUGCUAGACAACCCCGUGACGCCUAGUAUGCCGGAUUCGUUUCUGCGGAAACUUGGAGUAGCUGUUUCAAUUGGGUCAACUGGUGAUAUUUUCAGUCUUGAUCAACUUCCAGAGAAAGAGAUAGAGAGCACUUUCGUUAGUUUAGCACUGGCCUUUAAGACAGACAAACUGACACUUGACCAGCGGGUGAUUGUGCAAGAAAGAUCCAGAGAUUUGGCUGAAAAAAAUGUGGACACAGAACUGCGGGGUCUGCGAGAGAGUGUGGAGAUAUUAAGUGAUUUAGUUACAGACAAACAGACCAGAGGAAUUCUCCAGAAAAUCAAAAAACACAUUGGUAUUCUAGAACAAUUAGCUGCCAGAGUGUCAAGCAGAGCUGAAGUGUAUGGUGCAGUUCAACAGGAGAAACGAAUGUGCAAAGCAAUGGAAGUGAUGGUUAUUUACACAGAAAAUCUGAGGAGAGUCAGGGAAAAAGAAGAAUCAGAACUACAAGAAGCUAGAAAGCUUUUGAGUGAGAAAUCUGUUACUGGCUACAGUAACGACUCUGGUAUCAGACGAUCGAUGUCAGUGUGUGCCAUUAACCCCAGUGGUAGACCGAUGAGACGUAGGAGUGAAGUUACUUUGCCAAGAAUUAUUGGAGGAGCAGGCAGCCCACCGUUGAAUCCUACAUCGAAUUUA